UGAGAAGGACACGUUUUGGGACUGAAUUUUUAUUAUCAAAGGUCCCUCAUCUACUAUGACUGACCCCACACGAAGUACAAUAUUGGUGUAUCUGGGGGAGGGCGCAUGUGAAGAGAAUGCUGAAGUCGUGGUAGAGACUCUAAAGAGACAUCUGAAUGAGAAGGAUUAUGUCUUUAAGUACAUCUCCCCGGAGGAGACUAUUGAAGGAAACUGGAAAAAGUCAACAGCCCUGUAUGUGAUCGGUGGAGGGUAUGACCUCGGGUAUAUCCACGCCCUUGGGGAUAAAGGGACACUUCAGGUUCAACAGUAUGUCCAGGAAGGAGGAGCCUAUCUAGGGCUCUGUGCAGGAUCUUACUUUGGAUGCGACUACAUAGAAUUUGAUAAGAAAGGACCCCAGGAAGUUUGUGGGGAAAGGAUCCUUAAAUUUUUCCCAGGUUUAUGCGUUGGUCCGGUGUGGGGUCCUUACAAUUAUGGCAGUGAGAGUGGAGCCAGAGCCGCCCUGGUGGACUACUAUGACAAGGGGACCCAACUCUCUCCAACCACACUCCGAGCCUAUUUCAAUGGUGGGGGCAUGUUUCUCUUUUAUGCGGACCAGUUCCUAUCUGUCAAACGUAUUCCUGAUCAAGUUUUAAAGAAGCACUGCAAAGAAUCUUUUAAAAAGGAGCAAUCUAGUAAAAAGGAAAUUGUUGAGAGUAAACAAAAGGAAUCGGGACUGAAAGAUUUUAGUGAUACGGAGCCUGAGUUUUGUGAGGAAUAUGGACCUGAAGAUUUGACACACACACUAGGAGUGCAUAGAACAGAGGGAGAGAAAGGGAAUGCAUUUUGUGAUAUAGGUACAGAUUUAUCAAAAUUGCCAAUAGAACCAAAUGCCAAAAGAUCAAAAAUCGACCACAAGAAAAGUGAAGUCGCAUCUCAUACCAAACAUGAAUCAGAUGGUAGCAUGAAGGAGAAAUCAGUCACAAGACAAGUAAGAUCACUGAAUAAGAAUGUGGAGGUACUAGCUGUGUACCGUGAGAUUGAGGGUCAGCCAGCAGCUAUUGUCAAGUGUCAUGUAGGCAAGGGUGUCGCUAUUCUCAGUAGUCCACACAUUGAAUAUGACAGCAACAGUCUGAAUGCAGAGGACAAGGAUAUUAAAAAACUUAUUCCACAUCUUGUAAAUUCAGACACUCAUGAGCAUAAAUGUUUUAGAUCCAUGCUCAGUCACCUUGGCUUGACUCUGAGUUACUGAGGUUGGAUCAGCAUAGUUACACCUAGACUACAUUUCACUCGGAGUUUCUAGAUUAAGGCUUGGUUGACUCUUAAAGAGUCAUUAGAUUGAUCAGCGUGUUGCUGUGAUAGUUGACUCUGAGUCACUUUGGUCAGAACAUCAUAGUUACACCUUGACUACAUGGGUAGUUUGACUGAGUUUCUUGAUCAAGGCUUGGUUGACUCUUAAAGAGUCAUUAUUUCAAGACUGAUUGACUCCGAGUCUCUAAGGUCAGAUCAGCAUUGUUACAUUUAGACUACAUGGGGUUUUUGACUCUGAGUCCCUAGAUCAAGGCUUGGUUGACUCUUGAGUCAUUAGACUGAUCAGUGUGUUGCUGUUGUAGAUCAUGACUAACUUGACUCUUGAGUGACUAGAUUGGUCAUUCAUUUAACUUGGUUAAUAGCUACUACAUCAUUAAUAUUGAUUCCAACUCAGUAUUUUUGUUUGUGUCUUGAACCUGAUUAAGAAAGUUCUCUAAAGAUAAAUACUGUUACCAGUACCGUAUUUACCCAGAAAACCCCCAUACCUAGUCAUAUUUAAGCCUACCCAUAGCUAUUGUAGUUUGGUUAUAAUGCCAACAGAUGCAUUUUAUUAUCCUAUACUCAAGCCCCACCCUUACUUUGUGUUAAAAUAUUUUAUGUAAGCUGCCAGGAAAUAGAUCGGGAUAUUUACAUAAAAUUUGUUUUGUAUCUCAAGGCAAACCAUGCACCAUAAGAUUUUGUCUUGCACAAUGUGAUAUUUUUUUGAAAGAUAACUUCUUUUUUUUAUUCAUUUACAAUUUAUUUUUCAGUAUUUUAUUUUUCACUCACUUGCCAUAUCAGAGAACAAAUUCUUAUAUUGGCUUUAGAACUGGCUGGUAAUCUCGGUUAGAUAAUGGUAAACAUAUCUUGUGUAGCCCUGCAAAAUGCAGCACAGCUGUUAAAGAACAUUAACAUCAGAACAGAAAACAAGUGAAUGUUUUCCUUAUAGAAAUUAUUCUAGUCGUCCUGUCAUUUUUGUAUACGAAUUGCUAACCAAUUGUUGGUUGAGAACAAAUUAUGACAGAAAUUCAUGAAUGAAUAAGUUGAAUUAUUUAGAAAUAUGUGAUCCAGUUUGCACAGUAAUUUAGUAAGUUUACAUGCAUGUGAUAUAUAUGUGUGAUGUAAGCGAGUUUAAAACGUUGAAGUUUUCGUGUGAAAUAAGAACUGAACAAAUUGUUUAAAAAGAACGGAUUUACUGUGUCUUUGGAACAUUUGUACAUUACAUUUAAUUUUCUUUUUUUUUUAAAUUUCAAGUUGAAGAUUCAAGAUUAUAUUGACAAAUGGGUGAGAUAAGCAACAUUUCUAUGGGUUCUAUUACAUUGCAUCCAUCCUCUUCCCCAGUAAAUGGCGGGGUGUGUUUAUGGGGAACAGGAAGGCUUUUUAGGUUUAUUAUGGUAGUACUAUUGUAGAUGAUACAUUCAUUCAGAUGUUAUUUGUUUCAAAAAAUUAAAUAGUAUAAUAUAUUCUUGUUAUGUUUAAUUUAUAAUUUAACAAAAGUAUGUAAUCAAGAUAAUUAUGUUGGCAUUAAUUUAUUUGUAUGCAAUUCUUACUUUGUUUACUGAUAUAAAAAUAUUUCAUGAGGAUUUGUGUUUUUUUUAUUACUGUAUUAUUAUUAUACGUGUAAUUAUUAUUUGUUUUUGCAGUGCUGUUUUUGCUAUUUCUUUGUGGGAUCUGUUUAAUCUUGCUCAAAGAUAUAUUACAAGAUAUGUUGUUUUUUUUAAUGUGUCAGUGUGAAGUGUAUAUAUAUAAUGCAGAUAGCAAGAAAAAAAUUGAAUGAAUAUAAAGUAUUUUGUUAUAGAUAUGAUAAGUAGAGUGUGGUGUGAAGUAUAUUAUAAUGUAGAGAGUAAGUAAAUUUUGUAUGGAUGUUAAGUAAGUUGUUAUAGAUAUAAGUAGAGUAUGGUGUGAAGUAUAUUAUAAUGUAGAGAGUAAGUAAAUUUUGUAUGGAUGUUAAGUAAGUUGUUAUAGAUAUAAGUAGAGUGUGGUGUGAAGUAUAUUAUAAUGUAGGGAGUAAGUAAAUUUUGUAUGGAUGUUACGUAAGUUGUUAUAGAUCUGAUAAGUAGAGUAUGGUGUGAAGUAUAUUAUAAUGUAGGGAGUAAGUAAAUUUUGUAUGGAUGUUACGUAAGUUGUUAUAGAUCUGAUAAGUAGAGUAUGGUGUGAAGUAUAUUAUAAUGUAGGGAGUAAGUAAAUUUUGUAUGGAUGUUCAGUAUGUUGUUAUAGAUAUGAUAAAUAGAGUAUGGCGUUAAGUAUAUUAUAAUGUAGAGAGUAAGUUAAUUUU